AAAUCCUGCAGUUGCUAUGUGAUGGCUGUCAGGUUGAAAAUACAUCACAACUACUGGCUCCCAAUAGAAAGGAUGCUCUUUGCAAGUCACAGGUCUUUCAAAAUGGACUCCUAGAUAAUGUUCUUGAUAUUCUACUUACACGGCUUGAGUCAUGGCCAGCAUUGCAUUAUACAUCACACUGGUGUAUUACCCAAGUAAAGUAUCCAAAUCUUGGUGAUCACUUGGCCAAGCUUUUAACCCUUUCAUUAAAGCUCACUGACAACCAUCAGGAAUAA